AUGAAGUUCAGCUCUUCUCUCAAGUUUAACGCGGUCGUUGACUGGUGGGACGAGUAUAUCGCGUACGAUACCCUGAAGAAAUACAUAUACCAACUAGAACGCGAACAACACGAAGCACGUACGCAACACCAUGACUUGGAGGCGAAUGAAUCGACCGGCCUAGUCUCGGGGGCAUCACCAGAUACCGACGCUAUAUUCCGACCAUUACUAGACGAUGAGGUUCAGAAGAUCACGAAGUUCUACGAGAUGCAGGAGAGAAAGCUGCUGGACGAAGUUAGCGAGGUUGAGGAGCUUGUGAAGGAACAAGAUGACUUGGGUCUCACCGCUGCGCGUUUAUACGCCUCUUCCGAUGGCGAGGAAGACGAUGAUGAUGAGGACGACGACGGCUAUACGCGAGAUCCCAGUGUGGAUCAGACUCUGCCAAAGAGGCGAAGGCACAUGUCUCUCAGUCGUAUCUCGACGGACAGAGUUGGCCCUAUACCUAGAGAUGUGUCUUCGCCGCGGAGGGACAGGAGGUCGAGCUUGUCGUCGGAGGAUAACGAGGAUCUACACAUGUCGCUAGCCUCACUACGCCAGUUGCAACCGCAAGCGCCCGGAAUCCCCGCAGUACCUGAAGAACAACCGCUCAUCACUCCACAACGACCCCGUACGCAGAGCGAGACUUCGCCGCAUGUGGCCCGAGGCGUCAUCAACAAAUUGGCCAACAGCAUCGCGUCCCUUGGCCAUGGGUCACGCCAGGACAGCGCUAGUGCUAGCGGCGCUGGGGAUACGAUUUGGACCUCCAACUCCAAUUACGCUCAGGAUACGCAACUGUUGUUCAAACGGCGCUUGACGAAUCUAUUCGUGGACUCCAGCUCGCUCAAGAGCUAUGCCGAAAUGAAUUAUACUGGUUUCCGCAAGGUGUUGAAGAAGUACGACAAGGUCACGGAUAACUCGCUUCAAAGUUACUAUAUGCACGAGGUUAUCGAGAAGAUAUCGCCCUGGGACGGGCCAGCCAAGGCACGCCUAGCCGAAGUUCAGGAUAGGCUUCUGUCCAUGUACGCCAAGUGCGUAACACGUGGAGACCUGUCGCUCGCUCGCUCGCAACUCAAAGUGAACCUACGCGAGCACAUCGCUUGGGAGCGUGACACUGUCUGGCGCCAGAUGAUUGCCAAUGAGCGGCACGAUGAAGGCGGUGUGGCGGGCCCCGUGGUCAACGAAAAGGAGAUCAAGGUCUGGACGCCUGCAGGGCCGGUGCGGGUUAGCUGGAAACUCAUCUGGGGUGUUCUCGCGAUCAUCGUGUUCGCCAUACUCUUGACCGUGCCGACUGUGGAAGGCGAAGCGGCACAGCGCUGCCUUGCCGUACUGGUCUUUGCCACCAUUCUCUGGGCAACAGAAGUCCUACCUCUUUUCGUGACCUCGCUUGCGGUAUCUCCGCUAUUGGUCUGGUUACGUGUUAUCAUAGAUCCGACUACGGGAGACCGGCUUUCCCCCCAGGACGCAACCAAAUGGAUCUUCUCUCAGAUGUUCUCACCAACUCUCAUGCUGCUCAUUGGCGGGUUCACCAUCGCGGCCGCAUUGUCGAAGACUAACAUUGAUCGUAUGCUCAUUACUCGCGUGCUAUCGCUUGCUGGUACUCGACCAAGCACAGUCCUUCUCUCUGUCAUGGGAGUCGCCUGCUUUGCCAGCAUGUGGAUCAGUAACGUUGCCGCCCCGACCCUCUGUUUCGCUCUAGUGCGGCCCAUCCUCCGGACGCUUCCUCCUAAAUCUGCUUUCGGCCCAUGCCUCAUCCUCGGCAUCGCACUUGCGGCAAACAUCGGCGGGCAAAGUUCGCCCAUCUCUUCACCGCAGAAUCUAAUCGCGCUCGAGUACAUGGACCCUCCACUCGAUUGGGCUCGCUGGUUUGCCGUUGCGCUGCCAGUGAGCGCUGUAAGCAUCCUUCUGAUAUGGGGGUUGCUGCUCCUUGCGUAUAACCCGUCACGCGCACCGACAGGCGAGCCGCUGGAGAUCAAGUCCGUCCGCGCGACACGUGAGGGUUUCACACGCAAGCAAGUCUUCGUCGCGCUGGUCUGCUUGGGCACGAUCGCAUUGUGGUGUGUUGCGCGUGCCAUCGAGAACUAUGUCGGCGACAUGGGCAUCAUCGCCGUUAUCCCCAUCGUCGCGUUCUUCGGGACGGGCGUCCUCAAGAAGGAUGACUUCGAACAUUUCCUUUGGUCCGUUGUGUUCCUCGCCAUGGGCGGCAUCGCGCUCGGCAAGGGUGUCACUUCGAGUGGCCUCCUUGGCAAGAUGGAUGUCCUUAUUCGCGGCCUUGUGGCAGGCAUGUCCCCAUAUGCUGUCGUGCUCAUCUUAUCCAUGGUCGUCCUUGUCGUAUCGACGUUCAUCAGCCACACCAUCGCGGCGGUUCUACUCGUGCCCAUCGCGCAGCAAGUCGGCGCAGCCCUACCAGGCAAUCAGGCAAACCUACUAAUCUUUGUCACGGGCCUCAUCUGUUCAACGGGUAUGGGCAUGCCCGUGUCGGGCUUCCCGAACCAGCAAGCUGCGACGCAGGAAGAUGAGAUGGGCCAGCUCUACCUGACCAACGUCGACUUCCUGAAGAAUGGCGUACCCGCAAGUAUCAUCGCAGCCCUGGUCGUUGCGACUUUGGGUUAUCUCCUCAUGUUCAUUCUGGGAAUCUAA